UGACAUUGUCUCUGUGCGCCUCACGGGUUUAUUGCUGCACGAACAGGAAGGAAGGCAAGAGAAUGCAAGCUCAAGUGCAGAGGGUGGAUAGAGGUAGCGGGGCUUUCCAGCGCAGAGGGCAGAAAAAGAGUAACAGAGGGGGUAAAGAGUGGGUGACGUAAAAAGAUACAGAAAGGAAAGAAAAAAAUGAUUCCCCUACCUGCAGCGGAUGAACUGAGACGCCCCACAAAAAGACAAAGCAAGCAAGCGUGACAGACAAACAGAAAGAAAGAAAAGAGAAGAAGACAACUGACGCAAUAGCUCGGCUCAGCAUGACCGAAUAAUCAUCAAUUCCUUGGUAACUUGCGUGAACGGAUCAAGACAUCACUUCCAUAAUUGGUGUCAAGGGGUGUACAAGUCAACAGACUUCAUAUGACUGCACAAAACUGUUCACACUGAAAGGACCGAAUCGAGAAAACACUGAACGUAGCCAAGAUGGGAGAUGUGAAAUGCAGCACAUGUCCAAAAGGAAAAUAUAUGUUUGCCAGCUGCAAUGCCACAUCGAGUACAGUGUGUAAAACCUGCCCACGGCGUACAUUUAUUGAUCAGGAAAACAAACUGAGCCAGUGUCGAGCCUGCAGGGAGUGCUCCAGCACCAGCAACAUGGAGAUGGUAAAGGAGUGUGAGGAAGACAAAAACACGCAGUGCAGGUGUAAGCCGGGAUACUACUGUACACACAUAAGUGAAUCCCACUGCGAUAACUGCAGUCCGGUCUCCACGUGUCCUCCAGGGGAAGGAGUUGCCUUUCGUCACACGUUCCAGAAAAACACUGUGUGCAGUCCCUGCCCAGAGGGAACCUACAGCGAUGUGGACGACUACGUUUCCAGCUGCAAAAAUUAUACAAGUUGUGAUGAUUUGGGUCGACAUCUGAAGGUUCCUGGGAACAGCCAAUCAGAUGUUGUGUGUGGACCAUUUAAACCAUCUUGUUCUUGGAUGUUACCUGCUAGUCUGUGGGCAGGGAUCGUGGUUACAGCCGUGAUUAUAUUUCUGAUCCUGUUUAUAAUUUAUUGGAGAAAUAAGCGUCAGUCAAAAAGAUUAGAGAUUUCUUUAAGCCACGUCUCGCCAGUGCUUCCUCCAGACAUCCUGAAAUACCCUGCAGACUGUGAUGUGGAGAAGCAUGCAGAACAUCAGCAACUCACACAUUUAGUUGGAAAGUACCCAGACAUGGACAGCAGCAUACAGUGUGAUGGAUUUUUGCCAACGCUGACAGUGUCAGAGAAAUACAGGCCUUCAGCUGCCGCAAAUGGAUAUACAGACAGCAUCACGUGCCACUCGAACUAUCAGUCGGAGCCGCAGGAGUCUGAAUGGAACGAUUAACCUUGGCUCACAAACAUCCUAUUAACCUGACAAUUAUCUACAGUAUAGAGUGGUUUUAUCUGCCAGCGUAGAAGCUUUACUUCUGUUCUGGAAGAAUGUGUAAAUAACUAGAUUUUAUUUUUUUAUAGAAACAAAUUAUUGAAUACACAUUUUACAAAACCUAUAUGUAUGAAAACAUAAACAGAUACUGCAGUUACACAUUAUGUGCUCUCUUGUAGUAAUCUUUAUUUAAGUUGCUUUUUCCAGAUGUUUCAUUUCAUUUCAAUAAACAAUUGGUAUUUGAAUAAUCCCUUGACUGUGUAUGAAAGCAAAAGGGUGAAGACUGUCAUUUUGUCAUACCAGGUCUUACCAGAAGAUGUCACAACUGACACUGGAGACUUUUCUUUACUGAUCUAGCAAAAUAUUACGUUUCCCAGUCCAUUAUCGCCCCUUAGAGGUAAAAUGAGGAAAUUGCAAAGAGGAAGGUGUUUAAUUUUUCACUGUCUUGUUGAAAUGGAUCAAGGCUUCAUAUAAUAACGUUAAAAAAAUGUUUUUUUUGUUAAUGUUCUGGAAAGAAGUCUUUGUGCUCACCUAGGCUGAAUUUAUUUGUUUAAAAAUGGAGAAAUAUAAUUACAAUUUAAAGUAACAUUU